GACCAGACCACGCGUCCACGCCAGUUCCGCGGUUCCGCUCCGCGGUUCCGCCAUGGCCACCUCCACCACCGCGCUCCACCCGCAAUUCCGGCCACCGCUGCGCGCUCCCGCCCGUCGCCGCCCGCUCCCACACUCCUCGUAUUCCUCGUUCGCCCGCGCUCGCCCUCGCACUACCAUCCGAGCCUCAGCGGCGUCCGCUUCCGCGCCCGCGCAGCAGGAGGCCGUCGCGGGCGUCCCGUGGGGCUGCGAGAUCGAGUCCCUGGAGAGCGCGGCGUCGCUGGAGCGGUGGCUCAUAGACUCGGGCCUCCCAGAGCAACGCCUGGCUAUCCAGCGCGUGGAUGUCGGCGAGCGCGGCCUUGCCGCUCUCAAGAACAUCCGCAAGGGGGAGAAGCUGCUCUUCGUGCCGCCUGCCCUCGUCAUCACUGCCGAUUCGGAGUGGAGCCGCCCAGAGGUGGGGGAGGUGAUGAAGAGGAACGCCGUGCCUGACUGGCCGCUUAUUGCCACUUAUCUCAUAAGCGAAGCCAGUUUAGAGGGAUCGUCGAGGUGGAGCAGCUACAUAGCAGCUUUGCCAAGGCAGCCUUACUCGCUUUUGUACUGGACUCGUGCAGAGCUAGAUGCAUACCUGGUGGCUUCGCCAAUCAGGGAACGUGCAGUUCAGAGGAUAACUGAUGUGAUUGGGACAUACAACGACCUUCGAGAUCGUAUAUUUUCUAAACAUUCAGAUUUAUUCCCUGAAGAGGUAUAUAACAUAGAGACAUUUCUAUGGUCCUUUGGCAUUCUCUUCUCACGCCUGGUUCGUUUGCCAUCAAUGGAUGGAAGGGUUGCACUAGUUCCUUGGGCAGAUAUGCUUAACCAUAGCCCUGAGGUGGAAACAUUCUUGGACUUCGAUAAGUCAUCGCAAGGAAUAGUUUUCACCACUGACCGUGCAUAUCAACCAGGUGAGCAGGUUUUUAUAUCUUACGGGAAGAAAUCCAGUGGUGAGCUAUUGCUUUCAUACGGUUUUGUUCCAAAAGAGGGGACAAACCCAAAUGAUUCAGUUGAGUUACUGGUGUCUAUUGAUAAAUCUGACAAGUGCUACAAAGAGAAGCUAAAAGCACUAAAGCGGAAUGGUUUGUCAGCAUCUGAAAGUUUCCCAUUGCGGGUUACUGGGUGGCCAGUUGAGCUGAUGGCUUAUGCCUUCCUUGUGGUCAGUCCUCCUGACAUGAGUCAACGCUUUGAGGAGAUGGCUGUUGCUGCAUCGAAUAAAAAUUCAACCAAACCUGGAUUUAAUUAUCCUGAAUUGGAAGAACGGGCUCUUCAGUUUAUCCUGGACUGCUGUGAAUCUAAUAUAUCAAAGUAUUCCAAGUACCUAGAGGGUGGCAAUGGCUCUCCACAAGGUUCAAUAAAUGCAAAGCAAGCCAACAGGACCUUACUGCUAAAACAGCUAGCAAAAGAUCUGUGCAUCAGUGAACGGAGAAUCUUGUAUCGUACACAAUAUAUACUGCGUAGAAGAUUGAGGGACAUGAGAGGUGGUGAACUUAGAGCUUUGUCAUUGUUCAAUGGGCUCAGAAAGCUCUUCAAAUAAAUGCAUCGGCUACAUUUCUAGGUGGAUUGGAUCUUAUUGGAUAAAUUUGGUUUCCCUGGUAACACGGUCAUUUACAUAUCCCUUUAACCACUUUUGGAUUGCUUAAUACUGUGUUUUUCACUGGGCACUGCUUGGUUCAGAUUCAGGUGCAUUGACCUUGCAGCUGGAGCCUCCGAUGUUUCAUUACCAGAUCAGAUUGCAGUCUCAGCCACAAAUUUCUUAUCUGGAGAAGCAUCAAAAUGCUAGAAAGGAGCUACGGUUCAACAAAGGAUAGUUGUGAAUUGUAAUUGAACAGCCCAUAGCUUGGCAUAUAUGUAAGAGUAAAUUCUACAUGUAGCCUGUAAAGACAGAUUUUACGAGAGGAGCUGGCCGGUCGUUCUGCUCUGAUCCCUGCUAUGUAGUCUACCAUAUCUGAUGUUUAUGUCGUCCAAACUGUAAUCCAUGGUAUCUGCAACUGCUGAAAAUAGUUGUGCCUACAGAA